AUGAAUUCAUCAUCGAUGACGUCUGCCCUUGCGGAUUAUCAUAAAAAACGUGUACAAUUACGUUCAAAAAUAUUAAAAAGUGAAGAAGAACGUAUUCAACUUGAGCAAAAAUUACAAUCAUUAUCGAGUAUUGAUUCACGAUUAAAACAACGAGAACAAGUUGAUCAUAUUCAAUCCUAUUUUACACAACUUAAUCAAGAAUCUCAACGCGCUGAACAACGUAAUUUACAAUUAUUAAAUGAUAUUACACAAGCAGAACGUAAUUUAAUUCAAUUACGUAUGGAUGCAGAACAUUUAAUACGUUUAAAAUCAGAUUAUUCACAACAUUUAGAAACAAAUUAUCCUAAUUGGGAAAAAUCUGUAUCAAAUGAAGCAAAUAAAACUACUAAAAAUAAUAUUUAUGAUUUUAGUCGUUUUCCUCAACAGCAAAAUAUAUCAUCUAUUCAUUCGGCACAUGAAGCUGAUUCUUCUAUAUUAUUUAAACGACAUGAAGAUCAUUUAAAAGUUGAUAUAGAUCACAGAAAUUCCCAACAUGAUGAACAAUCAUUAUCAGAAUCAACAUCGAAUACAUUUUCUCGUUCAAAACGAACUGGUUCACUUCGUAUGGAAUUAAAUCGUUCUGGUCUUUAUUUUCUACUUGAUUUUAUUGAAAAAGAAUUAAUCGAUACAAUUGAUAAAAAAAAAUUCUAUCAUCAUGAUCCACCAACAAUUACACAAAAACGUACAAUACUUGAUAUAGCUAAUGAACAAAAACAAUUUGCAUUAAAAGAUCUUGAUCCAACAACAACAUCGAUGGUUAUACUUGAUCAAUUACCAUCAACAAUACGUCGUACAACUGUUAAUCAAUGUUUAUUAACUGAAGAUAUACUUUCAUCGAAUAUUAUAGAUUUAGAUAAAGAUGUUAUAACAAAAAUGUUACCGGAACAAGAUCGUUCAUUAUGGACAAGAUUAAUUGAUCAUUUUACACGAUUAUUAAAAUUUCAUAUAAUGAAUUCACAAACAUUAGCAAAUAAAUUUGCACCAAUAUUAUUACCAAAUAAUGUUUUUUAUUUACAUGAUAAAGCUAAAGAUCUUAUCAAACAUAUUGUCGAAAAACUUGUUGGAACACAACAAUCAAGUUCAGAAGAUGAAAUAACAGAUAGAAAACAAUCUCUAGAAAAUAUUAUUAAAACAACUACAGCAGCAUCAUCAUCUUCAUGGUUAGAUAAAUUAACAUCUGGUAAAGGUAUUGAUGAUAAUGAUGAUACAUCAUCAGCAUCAACAACAACACCAAAGAAAAAUAUUAAAUCAGCUAAUUCAACACCAAGAGGAAACAUAUAUCAAGAUGAUAGUGAUCUAGAUUUUUAUAGUUAA